GCCGAGUUCGUUUUCUAUAGGGAUUCUGAAGGGAGGCAAACACGUACAUACAAUCGAAAACACGGAAUUAGUUCUUCAUACGUUUCCUUUCUCUUUGCAUUUCUCCUCUGUCGCCGAUAAAACCCUUUCUUUCCUUUGAAGGCGCGACCAAAGCUCUCUCUCACUCUCUGCAUACAAAGAUAUUAAGAAAAAAGAAAAGAAAAGAAAAGAAGCUUUGCAGACUCCAAUCUCCUUCGUAAGCUCUCUCUCUCUCUCCCUCCUUUCCUCUCUCUUACACACAGAAACAAACAGACUUCUUAGCAUUGAGAAAACACUCGUCGCGCAAUCGAACGGUUAGGGUUUCCUGACGCAGAUCCUGUGGCGACGAUUUCAGGCGGAGGAACUCUCGCUUUUAUUUCUUUCCAUUUUUGCCCUCCCCCUUUUUUUAACCCUAGGGUAGACUUUCUUUGAGGGCUGUCGAACCCUCUUCUCAUUUUCCCCGUUUCACAACCCCCUUUUUUCUUCUUCUCUAGGGUUUCUGUUUUCUUAUUUCGCCCGUUUCUAGGGUUUGGUUUCUCCCAAGAAGCAUGAGUUUGAAUUCCGCCGCGGCGGUCGUCGUCGCCGGCUCGCCUUCCUGUUUCUCCGAUAUUUAGGUUUUUGCUGGAUGAUGACAGUCUUUUGAGCGUUUCCCGUCAUGGAGGCAUAAGGGUAAGAGGACGCAUGCUCAUUCGGCAUUUCCCCCCUUUUCGGAUGUGACUGUCGAUUCGUUCCUGUUGAUUCUCGUAGUGUGUACAGAGUUGAUUAGUUACAGUAGUCUUUUGCGGUGGUUCAGAUUCUGGAUUUGUAUAGGGUUCCUUGUUUUCGCUGGAGAGAGUAGGGAGCCUUGAUUGGGAAUUGAUUCAACUGAGAGAAGUGUUUUUUAUUUUUAUUUUUCCAGUUUAUGUUGUUGGAAAUUAGGAUUUGAUUGAUUCUUGUGGAGAAGAUAUGGUUUUUAGGUGACUAAUUUUGUACAGAAAGUGGGAUUUUUACUGGGAAAGGUUGAAAGGGUUUUUGGUGGGUGAAUUCAGAAUAUCCGCGCGUAGUUUUGUUUUAAUAUCAUGGUCGGUAAGCGUUAUGGAAAGAGGUGAGCCAGCGUUAAUACCAGAAUGGUUGAAGGGAGCGAAUGGAGGUAUAAGCAGUGGCAGUGGUGGCAGUUCCCAUCAAUUUGCAUCUUCCUCUCAAUCUGAUGAUCAUGUAAGUGCAUUGCCUACAAGGAGCCGGUCUUCAGUUAGUUCUGGUGAUCAUGACACUCCUCGUUCUUUCAUGGAUCGGACCUCUUCUUCAUACUUCCGUAGGAGUUCAAGCAGCAAUGGGAGUAUGAUGCAUGACAAGGAUUCGUCCUUGCACUCACGGUCUUACAGUAGUUUUAGUAGGAGCCAUCGUGAUAAGGAACGGGAGAAGGAGCUUGAAUUUCGAUUGGGGGACCACGGGAUUCAUGAUUAUUCUGAUCCUUUGACACUCUCAGCUAAUGCUUUCACAAGUAAAAUUGAGAAAGAUAGUUUGAGGCGUUCACAAUCCAUGAUAUCAGGGAGACGGGGUGAGGUGUGGCAUAGAAGAGCAGGAAAUGACACUAGCAAUGGUCUGCACAUUGGGGGUGGUGUUAUCAGCAACAUACAAAAGGCUGCAUUUGAAAGAGACUUCCCUUCGCUCGGGGCUGAAGAAAAACCAGGAGUUUCUGACAUUAGCAGAGUCUCGUCACCCGGUUUGGGCAGCGCUUCUCAAAAUCUGCCAAUGGGUACUUCUUCUGUAAUUGGGGGAGAAUGUUGGACCUCAGCAUUGGCGGAAAUACCUGUAAUUGUUGGAAGCAACAGCACAGUACUUCCGUCGAUUCAACAAACUGUUCCUGCAAAUUCGGGUUCUGUGCUCCCAAGCAUGACCACUGGCCUUAAUAUGGCGGAAACAUUGGCUCAGGCCCCUUCGCGGGCUCGUACAGCUCCCCAGUUAUCUGUCGAGAACCAAAGGCUCGAGGAGUUUGCUAUUAAAAAAUCUCGGCAGUUGAUACCCAUGACUCCUUCAAUGCCAAAAUCCUCGGUUCUCAGCUCAGAGAAAGCAAAACCCAAAACUGCAAGAGCUGGUGAGUCAAGUGCAUUAACUAAGCUUGGGCAGCAGCCCUCAUCAUCUCUGCUUGUCAACCACGCUACCCGAGGACCUGCUAGAUCCGAUGCCUCCAAGACACCUCAUGUUGGAAAGCUUCAUGUCCUGAAAUCUGCACGAGAAAAUAAUGGUAGUAGCUCUCCUACUGCCAAAGAUGUCCCGAGUCCGACAACUGCCAGAAGAGUCUCGCACGGUGUUGCUGCAUCAGCUGCACUUGCUCCUUUAAGGAGCCCCAACAACCCAAAAAUUGCUGUUGAUCGCAAGGCGACUGCCUUACCUGUGGCACAAAGCUCCUCCUUGGACAGGAGACACCCGUCUCGGAAUGAUUUCUUCAAUUCUCUGAGGAGGAAAAAUUCUGUAAACCACUCGGCUCCUAUCUCAGAUUCAAGCCCUGCCAUGCUGUCAUCUGUAUCAGAGAAACCUGAUGAACAGAUCAUGGCAGUUUCUGCUGCUGUUAACAAGGGAAAUGAUGAGCCUCCCACAACAGAUCCUGGUUUGGGCUGGCCAACUGAGAAUGGAAGUGACUCUGCUGGCAACAAUGAUGCCUGUGAAGAACCUGAGAGAUGUCCUGCUGAUGGCGAUAAGAUUGGUGCAGGUUCAAAUCCUGUUGUUGAUCCGGAUAUUGAUCUAGAUGCUGUUGUUGAUCCGCAUGAGGUUGCAUUUCUUCGGUCACUUGGGUGGGAGGAAAAUGCAGGAGUCGAAGCUCUGACAGAGGAGGAAAUUAGUGCUUUCUAUGAGUGCUUGAGAUUAAGGCAAGCGAAUGUGACGCCCGUGCCACCAGAGCGCCAUGUAGGCAAUUUGGGUGGUGCCUCUUCUGGACCGAGCUCAUCUGACUCCGAAUCUGAGGCAUGAUGGCAUGCCAACUUUAAUGGUUUUAAGGACAGAAGUUAACAGUUAAAGCUGAAGACCGAGGGUUUUUCUUUUCAUUGAUAAUUGAGAUCAAAAAGGAAAAGGUGAGUUAGUCGUACCAGAGUCUGCAAUGGAGAGACAGAAGACAGGAGGAUAGUGCAGCGGGCGGUUUUUUCCCUAUCCCUGUUUGCCGAAAGUGAAGGUGCAAUAAGUUACAAUGUUCCGGUCCUUAAAAGACUAGUGAGAUGUGACCUGCCCUGCCCGUAGGCAGCUCUUUCAAGCAAGUUUUCAUGGGUGGGAAGGAUAUAUGGCAGGAUAAGGGUAUUUUGUUUUUAAAAAAAUGCGGUUAUAAAGAAGAGGGGAAAUUGCACAGUUUGGAAAAAAAAAAAAUCAAGAGCUUUUCUUUUUGUUCUAUCUUUUCUUUUCUUUUUUCUUUUCGGCCCAAUUCAAGGAAAGAUAAUGAUCUUUUAGUCAUUUAAAAAAAGUCUUUCUCUCUUCUUUUUUUUUUUUUUUUUUUUUGUUCUUUUUGCGGUGGAAAGACGCAAAAGCUCGCAAGGGGUUUUUAAAUGGGGAAAGAAGAUAGAAUUUGAUUCCAGCGAAAAACAAAGAGAACAAAUCGGAAAGAUGAUUCUCAUUUCCUCUCCUCUUUGACACAACUGAUGCCACCUUAAACAGUGGUCUCUCUAAUCUUUCAUUUAGGCAAGGUUCCCCAAUGUAAUUAUAUAUCCUAUCAAUGAAGCCCGGCAUCUCAACUGAUAUUAGACUGA